AUAAGUGGUAGAAAUUCUAUACAGAAAAGCUCGAACAAGAGUAUGCUGAAACUAUUCGCCUUUUCUUUUUGAAAAGUUGAUAAAUUCAUAAUAUGUUCUAUAUACUUUUGAUUUUCCUGAUAUUCCCAUUGUUUGGAAACCUUUCAUCUGGAGACUCGGGGAAUUUAGUUUGGCGUCAGAUUAGUGCCAAAAGUGGUAAUCGACCAAGUGGCAUUUUUGAUGCAUUGACCUGGGCUGAUGACCGUUAUCAACUUUGGUUAUUUUCUGGUAAAAAGGUUGUGAGAAAGAAUGAAUCUGAGGUGAAGAAAGAUGUAUAUGAACUGUGGAAAUUUAACCAGGAAUCAUACAAGUGGAUAAAAGUAGUGCAUAAAAAUUCAUCAGGAUACCCAAAGCUCAGCAAUGGUUUAUCAUGUUUUUGUCAUGGCAGGGCUUUCGUUUUUGGUCAGCAAGUUCACAAUAAUGAAUCAGAGUUAUGGGCGUACAAUAUAUCUUCAAAUGCUUGGAAUUUGAUUCAAACUGUAAAUCACUUUGGGGACAUGAAUGGUUGUUUUGCAUUGUGGUGUGACAAGAGUUCAGACAGUUUAUCUUUGAUUUGCCAUUCAAACAUGGAUGCUAUUAAACUGUGGGUUUUCAAGUUAAAAACAAUGAACUGGGAACCAAUAAAUAUCACAGAAAGAAUACAUGUGGAUGAAGGCAUUUCCAAGUUGGAUCAGUUUUCACUUUGGAAUGAUGAGCAUGAUGGUUUGGUAUUCAUGUAUGUAUGGUCAUCCCAAAAUAUGAGCAAGGACUCUGUGCUUCUGUCAAUAAGUCAUGACAAUGUUGCAAUAUCUAAGGUUAAUAUUACAAAGCCAGAAUAUUGGUCUAGUAGGAAUGGAUUUGUUAGGUGGGUUGAUGACAACUCCAAUCUUCAUUUGCUUGGGAUAGCCAGUACCGGCAGUGUGAAUACUUCAGUUCAUUGGAUGCUGAAAAGCUCAAACCUAACUUGGAUUCAAUCCAGGUCCAGGUAUCCUGAUCCUAGCCCAAGAUUUGGGGCAAAUGUUUGGCAAGUUGAUGGCAAUGUAUGGUUAUUUGGUGGAUAUAGAAAAGAUAAAGAAGGGCAUGUGGUGGUUCUCGAUGAUCUUUGGAUUGGUAUAAGUAUAACUGAUAGCAAGCCAGUCAUACCUCAACCAACACAUGUUAACCAUGAUUUACCUGGUGAUACCUUAGGGUUGUCUCUGACCAAUAAGUUGAUCAUAUCUAUGGUGACAUUGUGUAUCGUAUUGGCAGUAAGUAUACGGCUUUGCUACAAACGAGAGUUGAAUAAAUUGAUGUCUGGGUUGAAGAAGAAUCGUGUGCUGUACCAUCAACUCAGUCAAGAGGGCGACAAAAGCACUAGACUCUAAUGCAGAUGUUUAUAAAAUAAUUAUUUAUUUAAAAUUAGUAAAUUAAAAAUUAUUUGUACAAAAUGCAUGAUUUACAUAAAAAUUAAGUGGAAAA